GAAGGCAUCAGUAAUAACAGCUUCACUGCACCUCAGAACUAACUUUUCUGUGACAGUUCAAACAAGUCACGCUGGGGCACCUAAUAAAAAAUCAAUGGCAUCUUUAAAUGCACCCAAAACAAACCAGACAUCUACGGAAACGACCCUUCGUUCUCCUAUAAAAUUAGAUUUCGAUAAUUUGAAAAUUCCCAGCCCAAUUGUUACAAGACGCACCAGAACGAACUCAACAUCGGCAAGGGCUGGAGAAAAACAGGAGUCGGGAAAAGUGAAAAUGUUUUGCAGAUCUAAGGGUCAUGGCUUCAUUACGCCCAAUGACGGUGGAGAAGAUAUUUUUGUACAUAUUUCAGAUGUUGAAGGGGAAUUUGUGCCACUGCCAGGGGAUGAGGUUCAGUACCGGCUAUGCCCCAUUCCUCCAAAGUUCGAAAAAUUUCAAGCAGUACAUGUUCAUAUUGUUAACUUGACACCUGAAGUUCAUGUGAGGUGGGAUUGUAAUGUUUGUGAAGAUCACAGUGAUCAUAAGUAAUAAUUUAAUCAUGAGUUUUAUCUGUAGAAAAUGAACAACUUUGUAAUGGUACUAGAGAUGUGUUUUGUUUGCCUCAAUUUUAUGGCCACUAAUUACACAAGAUAGUUUGCUAUAUUACUUCAAAAAUUUUCCAGAGAUUUGUGGAUUGUCUACUUACUGUUUUCAAAUACAAGUGUUAGUAUGUGGGGGUGAGAAUAAGAUGAUGAUCAGAAUUAAAUAUCCAUAUUUUGCUGGAUUUCUGAUAUAAUAAAUACACAAAUAUUAUGCAGUGAUAUGUCAAUGUUUAUAUUGGUGCUCAUAUUGUGUUGAUUUUUACUAGAGGUUUUGUGGGCAGCAUAAAUUUAUUUUGUAAGUGAAUGUCGAAUAUAUCUUAUAAUAGUUCAUUUUACCAGUGCUGUUUAAUACACAUAUUUGCUCAUUUGUGGCAUUACUCUCUUUUUCGUGGAUAUCUGCAGUGAGAUAUCAGUGUUUGUCAGUUUUGUACUUCAGUGCUUAAGAACUAUUUCCCACAAGACAGCUUGUCAAUGAAGAUUAUAUUUCAAUAAUUCAUUACUAGAAUUAAAGAUUGUGAUACAAGACUAACUGGGUUGUUACUGCUUGUAUCAGUACUAAGUAGCUGCUUAGUCAAAAUUGCCUGAAGUGAGAGGUAUUUCAACUAAAAUGUCAUUUUGUAGUUGUUUUUAUCAAAUACUUACAUAAAAAUAGAAAGUAGCUAAUUUAAUUUAUUUCUUUUGGCAUUUUAGAACAGUGUAAGAAGUCUGUUAAACAUUACAGAAACAUACAUUGUCGAUUUUUUCCUUCUGUUGCUCUAACUGUCUGCCCUUCUUUCAUACCUAUCCUCCCACCAUCUUCUCGUAUCUUCCUCCCCCCACUUCAAGUCCUGUUCAAAAUGACAUACGCCCAAGCUUUAGUUUUGAGACAUACAUAUGCCAAACCUUUUUUAAAAUGAAAUUUGGGUUGCAAGGGACAACAAGAAAUGGUACAUGAUUAACAUAAUUUAUUUUUAGUUUUGAACACAAUUAGACUUCAUAUAUAUUGGUUAUAGUACAUACUGAGAACAGUUCAUACAUAACUGGUUACAGUUGACUGUAACCAGUUUUGUGGUGCCAAUGGCUUAGCAGUGUUAUUAAAGAUUUUUCAUUGUGUAAUAUUAAUUUAUCACAGCUGCUCGUGUAAUCUGCAGUGCCACUUGUUGCUUACAUUAAAAUCAAUUACUUCUUCAUAGUACCUUUACAUUCUGUAACAGUUUGAAAAUGCGCAGAUAAAUGUCCUUUUUUGCUGCAUGUAUGUGCUUGUCUGUGACUUUCAGAUAAGUAGAAAAAUUUUGCUUACGGUCUUGUGGAGUGCAAGUAUGUUUCAGCUUCAGGAAGCUGGGCAAUGAAUUGUGGCAUUCAUAAUUGGAUACAGAACUGUGUUAAA